CUCGCAGGGCUUCCAACCCGCUGGCUCACAGCCCCGACGAUCCCCGCAAGUCCACUCGCAGCCUCGCGGGCCCCUCCUCCCCCUUUUUCCCACCGCCUCGGUCCCUCCCAGGCCGCUGUCCUCAGGCCUCAUUGGCCCCUUAUCUCCCCAGUAACCAGACUACAACAGUUGAGUUUGGCGCACCCACCACGGACAGGUCAGGCACUCCAGCAGGAGCUCCACUUUCUUUGGACAAGAUGCCUUUGGGACUUUCUGCAAGGAGAACCCGCUCCGAGGAUGGAAGAGAGGCCUUCCUGGAAGGAAUGGCUGAUUGGGAGCUGAGCAGACUGCAGCAUCAAUGCAAACUGAUGGAGGGGGAAAGGCGGGCCUACAGCAAGGGAGUCCACCAGCGCAGCAACAAGCAACUUGAGGAGAUCCAGCGCCUGGAGGAGGCACGGGACAAGCUUCAGGUCCAGAUCAGCGUCGCCCAGAGCCAGGUCAAGCGGCUGCGGGACAGUGAGAGGCUGCAGACCAUGGGCCACCUGCUGAAGUGCCGGGCCCAGGUGCAGGCCGAGGUGGGGGAGCUGCAGGAGCAGGCCAGAGCCCUGGACCAGCAGAUCCAGGAGUGGGACACCCGGAUCUCUGCCCAUGGCAAGGAUGCCACAGCUCUGGGAUUUAUCCUGGACCAGAAGGUCAAGGUCCGGCGAAGGCUCAAGACCCUAGAAGACCAGUUGGACAGGGUCACCUGUCGCUUUGACGUCCAGUUGGCGCAGAAUGCUGCCCUGCGGGAGGAGCUGGAUCUCCUGAGGAUUGAGAGGAACUGCUAUCUGAAUGUGGAUCGCAAGUUUCAGAAGGAGCUCCAGCUGCUGUGGCACACGGUCGACGGCCUCAUGGUCUCCUCCACCUCUGCCUUCGCCGUCAGGGAGGAGGCAAAGAGCAAGACGGGGCUGCUGCGGGAAAGGGCGGAGCAGGAGGCGGCCCAGCAGCGGACGGAGGUGCAGCUCCUGCGGCGGCAGAUCGCGCACCUGGACCAGCUGCACCGCUUCCUCGAGCGCAAGGACCACCGGCAGCUCGACCCCGCCGUCGUGGAGAAGCGCGAGAAGCGGGCCCGGGAGGCGGCCCGGGGCCUCCGGAAGACCUCGCAGGAGGAGCUGCUGCCGCGCGACGAGGACGCCCUGAUCAAACUGUCCCGGCGCAGCGGGGAGAGCGACCCGGACCUGAUGGUGGAGAAGUACCUGGAGCUGGAGGACCGCAACUUCGCGGAGUUCAACUUCGUCAACGAGCAGAACUCGGGGCUGGAGCGCCUGCGGGAGGAGACCAGGGGGGUGCAGGAGGCCAAGGACAGGGCGCAGAGCAGCGAGGGGAGCCGGCGCUCGCGGCAAGAGCAGCAGCGAGCCGCCCUGCAGCAGCGCGUGGACGAGGUGCGCGCGGAGGCCGAGACCCUCGAGGGCCGCUUCCAGGACUUUCGGGGACAGCUGGAGAAGCUUAAGACCGGGCGGGAAGCAGGACCAGAGGGGAGGAGAGGGCCGGCACUCAGCGGGCUGCGGAUCUGGGACAGCCUGUGCCCUCUGACCCCAGAUAUCCAGCGGCUCUUCACCAGGGCGCAGGGCGACACCACCACCAUCAACGACCUCCUGGGGGUCAAGACCUACAUGCGAGACCGGGAUGUAGGCCUCUUCCUGGGCCUCAUUGAGAAGCGGCUUGUGGAGCUCCUGACGGUGCAGGCCUUCCUAGAUGCCCAGAGUGACUCUCCUGCCAGCUUGGCCGGUGCCGCCCUCCUAGUGCUGGGCCAGAGCCCUGAGGAAUUUCCAAAGAAGCUGACCCCACCUCAGCUCCCUGACCAUCUGGACGACCCUGUGGGCUUUGAGGCCAGAGACGACUAUCCUAUGAGCAAGGAGGAGCUGCUGAGCCACGUGACGAAGCUGAUGGAGGCCUAGGAGCAGGUGCAGGGCCCGAAGGAGCUGGACAGAGCCCCGAAUGUGGUCCUCUCCAGCCUGGAGGGCCAGCUCCAGCACACCCCCGAUGACCAGCAGGAGUCCAGUAUUGUCCCAGGGUCCACCCUGAGCCACAGGACGAGCAGCAUCCUGAUGUCCAGUGGAGGCCGUGCCACUAGCUCCAGUGUCGGCCAUGUUGCCUCCCAUGACCCCAGCUCCAGCACAGGCCGCGUGACCUUUGGCUCUACCAAUGUCACUGAAGGACUGGUGUCCAGCCGGAGCUCAGCUGGGGACUGCGUAACCUUCAGAUCCCUCAGCUCUGGUAGUUACUGGGGAUCCACUGGGUACUUGGGGUCCAGUGCAGGCCAAGAAAACGUUAGUGGCAUGGAGGGCAGAGGCGCCGGGUCACAACUGAGUGGAGGCCUCGAGUCCGGCAUAGGUUGAGUCUCAAGUGCCGGCAGUGCCUCCAGCAUCGACCUGGGCUCCACCACCAGCAAAGGUGCCAAGCCUGCCCGGCUCCUUGCAGAGCCUCCUCUGUGUCUCCACCCACCUAGUUCCCUGCAACUCUCCAUCUUUCCCUCCCAGUUCCAGGCCCCUGCAUCCCUGUGCCCCUACCUCUGUCUCCACUGCCCUCCAUGUGCCCACAUGUCUGUCUCCACCCGCUCUUCAUUGCGUCCUCAUCUGUCUCCUGCUCCCUUCUCUCUGUUCCCAGCCCUCCUUUCCCCUCUGUCUCCCAGGCUCCUGUUCUCUCGGUUUUUCAUUCAGUGUGCGUGUGUGUCAUUUCCACGUCUGUGUCCCCAUCCCUGCUCUAACCUCUGUUUGUCCCCCGCCUCCUGGUUCUGCUUCUCUGUUUCUAAUUCCCCCUCUUCAUCCCCAUCUCCCAGACUCUCCAUGCAUCUCAGGUCCUGUCUCUGUAGCGCCUCCUUCCUCGCCCUCCCCCAAAACCCUCAGUUUUGACCAGUGGGAGAGGAAUCAGGCAAAGACUUCAGGGUCACCAUGAGCUGCGACCAUAGGAAAUAAAAGUUAGAGCCUGGCUUUGA